GGGGCAACAUUGAAAAGGGCAAUGAUAGCUAUAUGUUGAAGCGGGGAGGCCAAGUAAAAACAACCUUUGAUGUCUGCACCUCUGUUUUCUCCAUUGUCUCAUUGCUCUGUUUUCCUCUGUUUCUCUGUUUCUUAUUCCAAUUGAAAAACAAUAUCAGGGGCUUGUUCUUUGUCUCAGUGGCAUUCGCCAACCAAACUUGUCUUUCACUCUUCCUAUUUAGUUCAAUUUAAUCAUUCACACCAUCUUUCUAAGUUUCUUUUCUGAGUUUUCAGCGCUUCUAUGCAGAUUGCACAGCACCCUUCCUGUUUCUGAUACGUAAUUUGGUGUCCUCUGUUUUGGGGUCUCUUCACAAUAUGGUUUUUCUCUCUUGCUUUGGCUUCUCCCUCAGGCUUCUUUGAUUCUUGCAAUUCAGGAAGCUUUUCUUUCUUGUUUUGGAUAUCUCCUUCAACUGAAUAAUUUUACAACCACUUUCCUAUAUUUUUCAUCUCCAUUUCAAUUUUCUGUUUGAUGGAUUGCUCUUAAUUUAUUAUCUUGUUAUACCAGAGAAAAAUCCAUUCAAUCUUCCUUAAGUUAUGUGUAAUUUAUCCUUCAUCAUAAAAAAUCUCAUUUUCUUGAUGAGAUUGUGAUAUAUUUUCUUGUACUACUAGUAGAGGGUUUGUGCCUUUGUGAGUCUUUGAAAAUGAAGGAUAAAGUGGAUUCCCCUGUUACAGUGCUUGAGGAUUAUUUCAGGAGUUCAGAUUCAGAAUCAAGUUCUUCUAAAGAGGUUACAGCAGAUUCUGAGUCUAGAGACAUUUCAAAACCUUGUUCUAGGUGGCAUUCAUUUCUUCAAUUGUUGAGGACCAAACCAAAAAAUCAAAUGGCCACAUUGCAUCCUCUCAAUCUCUCCAGAAAAAUGAGCAGGAGCAUGAGGGAAACCAUGCUCCCAAGUUGUUUCAUUGAUGCAACUUUAUCCCCUUGCAGAUCACCUUGGAAGAUCUUCACUCAUCAUGAUUUACAGGUUGCCACCAAUUACUUUAGCCAAGAGAAUUUGAUUGGAAAGGGAGGUUAUGCUGAAGUUUACAAAGGGUGUUUGCCAAAUCAUCAGCUAGUUGCAAUCAAAAGGCUAACAAGAGGAACAACUGAUGAAAUCAUAGGUGAUUUCUUAUCUGAACUUGGUGUGAUGGCACAUGUAAACCAUCCAAAUACUGCUAAGCUUGUUGGCUAUGGUGUUGAUGGAGGAAUGCAUAUAGUUCUUGAAUUGUCUGAGAAAGGAAGCCUAGCUUCAGUGCUUUAUGGUUCUAAUGAGAAACUACCAUGGUGUAUUAGGCACAAUAUUGCAUUAGGAACAGCUAGGGGUCUAUUAUAUCUUCAUGAGGGUUGUCAAAGAAGAAUAAUCCAUAGAGAUAUAAAAGCUGCAAACAUAUUGCUCACAGAAGACUAUGAGCCUCAGAUUUGUGAUUUCGGGCUAGCAAAAUGGCUACCAGAGAAUUGGACUCACCAUACCGUUGCAAAAUUUGAAGGAACUUUUGGAUACCUUGCUCCUGAAUACUUACUUCAUGGCAUAGUGGAUGAGAAAACAGAUGUAUUUGCCUUUGGUGUACUGCUAUUGGAAUUAGUCAGUGGGCGAAGAGCACUUGAUUUUUCACAGCAAAGCCUUGUUUUGUGGGCAAAACCAUUACUGAAAAAGAAUGAAAUUAUGGAGCUGAUUGAUCCUUCACUGGCAGACGGCUUUGACUCUAGGCAGAUGAAUCUCAUGCUCUUGGCAGCUUCUUUAUGCAUACAACAGUCCUCGAUUCGUCGUCCCUCUAUUCGACAGGAACGCGAUACAUUUCUUUUGAAAUUUCAACAUUAUUUGACUUCAACUAGCAAUUUAGAUUACAAAAUUUCUGAAAUUUUUUUGGUGGUGCAGGUUUUACAGAUUCUGAAUGGCAAUCUUAGCUGCUUUAAGGGGAUGAAGAAAACUCGAAUGCCAUUCUUCAGAAAAGUCUUCCGGGAAGAACUCCUUGACUCUGAUUAGUUGAAUGAGGAGGUUUUGAUCGCUCAAUGGUGAUUGUGAUCUUUCUGGCUCCAACUUUCUACUGGAGUUUCUGCAGAAUAGGAAUUGUCUCAUCAAACCGACAUUUUUGCAGUUUGUGAUUGUGAUGUCCGUAAGAAAUUAACGGUCGCUACUGGAGUUCGUCCUACCAGAAUGUGGAAGUUCCUGAUUCAAAUGAGAUUCUCUGAAAAAGCCUGCAACAUUGUAAAUAGUAGGUCUUUUUAGUUAGUUAUUUGGAAGAAAGAAGGGUUAAAGGUCAUAUUAGUCCCUGUAUUUGUAAAAGUGUUUGGUUUUGGUCCCUUAGCCAAAAAAUGACGAUUAGUGGCGGUUUUGUUUACAGUUACUGACGGUUUAUAAUACAGUUAUUGGCGGUUUUUUUGCUGAGGGACCAAAAUCAAACGUUUUUACAAACACAUGGACUAAUAUGACCCUUAACCCAAGAAAGAAAUACUGUAUUACUGGUGAGACUUAAUCGCAUGUACCUCUCAUGCAGUUGUUGCAGUGCCAAACGUUCAAUCCUCUCCUGCAACAUAAAGUGAAAAACAUAGCACUCCAUUUGUAUAGUAGAUAGAAAUCAAUAUAUCUUUUAUUAUAUCA